AAAUUUGCUCUCAUCCUCACCCUCUUUUUCUGUUUCUCUAUCUCUCUUCUCUGCAAAAGAAGGUCUGCUCAGUGAGUACUUUAAUUUAAGGGAAAGGAAAUUUCUGAAAUUCUUGUUCAGAGCUUCUGUUAUAGAAUUGAAGAUAAAGAUAUUUCAUUAUUUUUGUGUACGAUCGAGGAGGGUCAGCGAGCUCAAAUACUAAUAAUUGAGUUCGAAAUUUAAUAUUUAGCUAAUUCGCAUAUAUAGAAUCUAGGCUAUUGUUAUUGAAUAAAGCCUACAUCUAUAUAUGGUAUAUAAGUGAGAAGAAUUGAUGGGAAGGUAUUUGAGGAAGUGCAAGGGAAUUGGAAAGGUGCCAAUUAUGGAGGUGUCAGAUGAUGUAGAUUUGGACGUGCCGACUACGACGACGAAAAAAAGGAAGAUAUCAAGUGAUGGAGAUGUGAAGCUCAUAUCUCCUGCUCUACUUCGCUGCCGAAGUCACACCGGAGUCGGAGAUACGCCGGCCGGAAAUUUGGUUUCUCCGUCGGGUUCGGUCAAUUUAAAGGAGAAUGAUGAUGAUUCUAACUUAGAUCACGAUUUAGCGUCUUGUUGUUCAAGGAAUGGAUCAACGGAGGUAACAAAGAGCAACGCGAAAUCCCUAGAUCUGAAUGAGAACAAUGUGGUAGCGUCUGCAGAAAGUAAAGAGGCGAAAUUAUCAAGCGAGCGUGAACGAACGCCGGAGAAAAUGCCGUCUGAAAAAGAGAUUGAAGAUUUUUUUGCAGUUCGCCAGAAAGCUAUAUUUAAACGAUUUAGAGAAAAGUACAACUUCGACUUUGAGAAGGAGGAGCCAUUGGAAGGUCGCUACGAAUGGGUUCGAAUAGGAAGUUGAAGACUGACCACAACAGUAUCAGUUGCUGCUUCUUUAUUUAUUUUUGCUGGAGUUUGUAUUUUCUUAAUGCCAAAGGUAAAAUGGUCAUUUAUUAUAGACCGGACGGAGUAAUAUAUAGGACUAGAAGCCACUAAGUUCUCCAAGCAGUAGAAGAGAUACCAUAUGAGAUGGAAGUGAAAGUGAGAGUGACAGCAACAAAUAAACAAUAUGUAGAAACAGCGCCAACAGAGCUUGCCGUAUAAGUUACGACACCUAUUCAAAGAACGGGACGCCCCCAUGUGGAUAUGAGUUUUCUGGUCCCUUCACCUAUACUCAUUUUCAUCACAAAGUAAAAGAUGUACUUGCUCAAUUGGGAAUUAUUAUUACCACAUUUUCAUCACAAAGUAAAAUAUGUACUUAUACAAUGUAGUUGUUUUAUGUACGAAAGCCAAUUGGCGAUGCAGUUUUCUUGCCCAAUUGGAUAGGACUAAGGACAUAUGAAUGAGGUGUAGUGCAAGAAUUGUAAAAUUAGUAUAUAGACUCUGAAAAUUACACUAAUUACAGUUAUUUUAUUUUA